AUGACUCUGCUUCCAAUAGUAGCGGGUACCUCGGACUCGAGCGCGGACGAAAGAAGGCGCAAGAGGAGGAGGGAGAAGAAGGACAGGUCCAAGUCUUCCUCGAGAAGGGGCGACAAGGACAAGAAAGACAAGAAGGACAAGAAGGACCGCAAGCGGCGGCACAAGAAGCGACGACACAGCUCUUCGUCCGAUUCCGACUCCGACUCCGACUCCUACUCGUCUUCUACUUCAUCGAGCGAAGAAAGAAGGAGGCGCAGGAAGAGGAAGGAGAAGAGGAAGAAGGCCAAGGGACCAGCGCAGCUCUCGAAGUACUUCAACAAGGACUCGGACGCCAGCGACAGUUCAGACUCGGGCAAAGGGCCUCGCUCGGCGAUCUCGGGUAAGAGGAUCAAGUUGAAGCUCAACCGGAACAAGGAAGAAAAGGAGAUGGACAAGAAGAGGAAGGAGGUCCUCGAGUUCUACAACCAGAUGUACACAUGA